UGCAGGUAAUUUCCCGGCAUCAGCGUUGAUGGGUUAUAUCUCGAGUAUGUCGGGUGGCAGUAUGUUCCAGUUUACACCUACUCCAUGUGUUCCAGACACGAUCUCUCCAUCAGCACCUUUGAUGGAUUAUCGAGAUUAUCGAUUUGGACAGCCCUCAGUUCCAAUAGGAGGAUUUUUUGGUGGGGGUACCUCUUCUCAACAUCCAGGUUUAGGGCAUGAUCUUAAUACAACAUUAGCAGCGGAAGCUGGAAAUCCUGAGGGAGAUGGUGAUGAGGUAGUUCAGAGGAACCCAGAUCGUGGUGCUCGCCAUAGACAACGGCAAUGUAUACUAAGUCCCAUGAGCAGCACAUGCGGAGAAAUGAAUAGUUGAUAUGCCACUGGACCACGAUGGUUACACGUUCCAGAGAUUAUGAGAAUAGGUUGAAGAACUAAUUUGUUUUUUUUUUAUUGUGUGUAAUAGUUAAUGUAAACGUUGUUGUUAUUAUUUCAUUGUAUAACAGAACAGUUUAAUUGAACCACAAUUAACAUGAUUUAACAUUGCAUGAAUUUUAUUCUUUAAAUAAAUAGCAAAAUACAAACUUUUCAUGUGUUAUUCAUAACAUCUUCAGCCAGCAUAGGGCAAUUAGUUCUAUUAUGCCCUUCUCGCCUACAAUGUCCACAUCGUUGUCUCCUUUGGGAUUCAGUCCAAUCCAUUUCAUUUCUAAUGCGGGUUGAUUUUGGACGUCCCUUUCCACGUAUCAUUGUCUCAUCUGGGAGUAUACGAGGUCCAUCAUUAGGUUCAAUAUUUUCAUCACUUCCAAGUGGGAACCAUUGACCUGAAUAUGCCGCUUUGAUGUAUUCGUUAGUAUAUGCGGCAUCAACAAAAGUUAAUGGAUCUAUAUGAACGUGUGCACAAGCUGUUGUUGCAUGUGAACAUGGAUAUCUAUAUGCCCGAAAAGCACCACACUCACAUUUUUUUUUCAGUUAAAAAAAUAUUGAAAACCUUCCCACCUCGUUGUGUUACUGCAUUGAAGAUUUCUUCAACUUCAAAUCCCCAAGUUUUGGUGUAGGGGGUGACAACGGAAACAAUGACUCCUGUUCUCUAGCUUCUUCAGCCUGUUUAACUGCCAUAGCACUUCUCAUUAUUGAUAAUAAUUGUUCAUUUGUCAAUACUUCAUCUGAUGGAACAAUGUUUUCUUCUUCGUCACUAUCAGGUACAUAAUCUAUUCUUCUACGAGACAUUCCUGUUAAAAUAUAAAUCAAAAUAAAUAUUCCAUUAAUAUUGUU